UGCAGGCCGCCAUUGUGUGUCUGAUCUGCAGCUGUAGCGAGAGAGAGCGACACGGGCGCAAACAUUCUUAUAAACACUCGUUUCCCGUUCACUUUAACCCGCAAACUAAAACAGCCUUCUGGGAGAGAGAAAUGUCAGCCAGCAGCCUUCUGGACCAGAGACCGAAAGGCCAAGCAAAUAAAGUGCAAAACGGAGGUGUUGCCCAAAAGGAUACUUUGAACGAUGAUGAGUUCGAGCCUUACCUGAAUGCUCAGCCCAGACAGAGCAAUGCCUAUACGGCCAUGUCCGACUCCUACAUGCCCAGUUACUACAGCCCCUCUAUAGGCUUUACCUAUUCGCUUAAUGAAGCGGCAUGGUCUACUGGUGGUGACCCUCCAAUGCCUUACCUGGCCUCCUAUGGACAACUUAGCAAUGGGGAGCACCACUUUCUCCCAGAUGCCAUGUUUGGCCAGUCAGGAACACUUGGGAACAACCCUUUCCUGGGACAGCAUGGCUUCAACUUUUUCCAGAGUGGGAUUGACUUCUCAGCCUGGGGAAACAGCAGCUCUCAGGGACAGUCCACACAGAGCUCAGGUUACAGCAGUAGCUAUGCCUAUGCUCCUAGCACGCUAGGAGGCGCUAUGAUUGAUGGACAGUCACCUUUCGCAGCCAAUGAGUCGCUCAACAAGGCAGUGGGAAUGAAUAGUUUAGAUCAGGGCAUGGCGGGGCUUAAGAUUGGGGCUGGGGACAUGGCGCCCAAAGUUGUUGGUUCUGGACUUCCUGGAGGGCCUCUGAGUCAGGUGUCGGCUGCUCCCACCAUGCCUCCAGCCUCCAUGGCUCCUGCAAAAAUUGCAUCUUGGGCAGACAUUGCAAGCAAGCCGGCCAAACCUCAGCCUAAGCUGAAAACCAAGGGAGGUCUUGGUGGGACAAAUCUGCCACCACCUCCCAUCAAACAUAACAUGGAUAUUGGAACUUGGGACAACAAGGGGACGGUGCCAAAACCAGCAGCCCCACAGCAGGCUUCUCUGCCUACUAAUGGACAGCCAACCAAUCAGUCGUCUCCUCAACCGGGCACUACUGCUGGAGGGGUGCCGCAACUGCCCCUCACUAAUGGACAGCUAGUUCCUCCUACUGGCCAACUUGGGCAGCACCCUCUUCCUCCCAGUGGCCAGCCGGGAGCUGUCCCACCACCACUGUCCCAGGGCCCUCCUGCUCCCCAAAACUCCCAACCAACCCGCUGGGUCCCUCCGCGAAACCGUGCCAACGGCUUUGGGGAUGUAGCGGGUGGGCCUGGACAAUCCCCUCCAAGUUCAGGAAUGGGUGGGGUUGCUGUUCCAGCAGAGCCCCACCCAGUUCUGGAGAAACUUCGAAUGGUGAACAACUACAAUCCCAAGGACUUUGACUGGAACCCUAAGCAUGGUCGUGUCUUCAUUAUCAAGAGCUACUCAGAGGAUGACAUCCAUCGGUCCAUUAAAUACAAUAUCUGGUGCAGUACGGAACACGGCAAUAAACGUCUGGACGCUGCGUACCGUUCACUGGCCAACAAAGGGCCACUUUACCUGCUCUUCAGCGUGAAUGGCAGUGGGCACUUCUGUGGUGUGGCCGAAAUGCGCUCGCCUGUGGACUACAACACCUGUGCAGGCGUGUGGUCGCAGGACAAGUGGAAGGGACGCUUUGAUGUGUGCUGGAUCUUUGUGAAGGACGUUCCAAACAGCCAACUUAGGCACAUUCGUCUGGAAAACAAUGAGAAUAAGCCAGUCACCAACUCCCGUGACACGCAGGAGGUUCCGUUGGAUAAGGCACGUCAGGUGUUGAAGAUCAUUGCAAGUUACAAGCACACCACCUCCAUUUUUGACGACUUCUCACACUACGAGAAACGUCAGGAAGAGGAGGAGAGUGUGAAAAAGGUGGAUGUUCAGGGGAGUGACCCGUACUCCAAUAACUCCAGUCGAAGCCACUACAGAAUGCAGGAUCGCCAAGGACGUGUGAAGUAACAGGCUCUGCUUUGGCAAAAGACUGACAGGCCCUGAGCUUUCUCUCCCCGAUCUUACAACCAGAUAUUUUCAGAAAUUAUUUUGGGGAAAGAAUUAACCAAGGAUUUGAAACAAGGAGAAAAAAAAAAACUAAAUGAAGACUUUUUGAUUUCUUUUGACCUAAAAGACUUACUUCGAACUUGUAGUAAAAGAAAAAUGACACGAUUAUUCAUAGGACUACAACUUAAUUCUAUAGGAUUAUAAUAGUGAACCCAGUACUUCCCUCUUUUUUUUUUUUUUUUUGGUCCUGUUUUUUGUUCCGCUGCCUCUUCCUUCUGAUAUUGUUUUUGUUUUUUCAUUUUCUUUUUUUAGAAGAACAUCUGGUUUUACAGUCCAAGCACAAUGCUUUGCUUCUCUCUUGCUACAAUCUUGAGUGUUUUUUGUACAUUUGAGCUCUUGUCCGGAUCCUGUAGGUUCCCCCCACCCCUUUCUCUAUAAUCCCCUCUAUUGGAGCAGAAACCAUCCAGUCAGGAUGCACAAUUGUCAUUGCCUUCGCAGAAGAUGUUCAAUUGUUAGUAAUUGAUCAAUAGUCAGUUCAAAAUAUCAAUAACUCCUAAGAGAAAUAAAAAAUUGUCUACCGACCUGAACCAAGAUUAAAAAAAAAAAAAAAAAGUACAUUCAAAAAUGUUUAGGUUGUCUUUUUUUUUUUUUUGUAAAAUAGGGUGUUUAGCAGGGGACUGUAAAUGGAGAAGCAGAUUUGAGUAAAGCUUUGGUCAUUGGAUCAGUUUUAUAGUGUACAAAAGGGGCUGUUUGAGAGUUGUCAGCUUAUUUUUCAUUUACUCCUUUUUCUUAUGCAAGUUUAAAAAACAAAUUUUUGCAAUGGGCUGCUGUCCUCCGUCUUUUUUUUUUUUCAUCUUUCUCUUCCGUCUACAUUGAGAUGGGCCUUGGACGCUCUCUUUCGCAUUAUCGGUUCAUUAAAAAUAAAUGUGGUAUACUUGGCAAAACUUGUGUAUGCAUUUCCCCUUAUUUGACUAAAAAUUGUGUCAUGCACUAACCCGUGUCCCAAACUGCCUGGUCCCCAUUGGCCCAGCACCUACACUAGCUGCCUGCACACUUUCAACCCUCCUAUGUUCAUGUCGGUGCAUUAACGAGUCCUGAAAAAACUGCUGGCAUUUAGCAGUGUCAGAAUAAAGAUGCUGCACAAAGUUUUGAAGUCUGUUUGCUUUAUGGUGAACAAAGCUGAUGGUUGAACUUGGCAUAAUGAUGAUUACUGCUGAAGUUCAUUUAGACUUCUUUCUUUAAAAAAAUAAAAAUACAAAAUCUGGUUUACAGUGAGGGACUUACCAAUGGAAGUGAAUGGGGCUAAUUUGUAC